GUUACGGUUUUACUCUUUGUAAUCUUGAGGCAGAUCGAUCGAGGGGAUAUCUAAUUUUUAAUAACUCGAUUUGAUUGUAUGUAGUGGUAACUAAUUCUUGUGUAUUUUGUUUUGUCCAUCAAUGGUUAUGAGAAAAAGGAUGUCUCGUUAAUUGGCUUCAACGAGACAAAUUGUUGAACCCUUCGUGUUUAAAUUUUGUUUUUUUCGUUUUGACUUUAGAAUUGAUGGGAUCUAAUUGGUAACUCUUUUCAUUGACAACAUAAAAGACGUGCUACUUCCGGAGACAUCAAUCAAGAUGAGUUCACGAUCAAAUUUUCUUUUGCUGUUAUGUAAACUUCUGCUACGUGGUAAACAUGUAAUAUCAUUUAUAACUUAUCCUGCAUUAUCUUCAGUUUUAUUACUUUAUAUAAUUAACUACUUUAGUUAUUACUCUGAUCGUUGACCGUACCCCUGAAUAUAUAAUUGUACUAAUGAACUAAAGUAUACGUAAAUGUAGACGUAUACUUUACUCAAAACAAUCUCACGCCGCCUUUUAUUGUCCCAAGAAAUCAUACCCAUUAGCAUACAAACAUAUACAUAUUCAUAAAGAUAUAUAUACAUAUAAAAGCAAUCAUUUCCCUUCAAUCUUUUUUUUUUUUUUUUUUUUGGACAAACAUUUCCCUUCAAUCUAAAGCCUUCAUGGAGAGUAAAGAAAAAUUCAUAUAUCAUGAUCAACUAAAUUAAUGUCUUUCCCUUCACAUCUUCUUCGCAUUUCUCUCAACAACAACAUACUAGAACAAUAACUCAAUCAAAAUCAAAAAAUGGGAGCAACAAGAACAUUCUAUUUUCCCUCUCUUCCACUAAUAAAAACCAUAUUAUUAAUCUCACUGCUUCCGUCUCAUCUAAAAGGUUCGACUUCCACUAGUAGUACUACUCAAGAACCUUUCAAGGAAUCUUCAAGGCUUCUCGAUCUUCUCCUAAGAGACUACAUUCUAAACUCUUUUAAGAAUCAACAUUACUCAGUCAAGACCGGCGUUGUUCGGCAUAUUCAUCUUCCCUCUAACUACUCUGGCAUAAACCUCGACGCUGUUAGGUUCCGGUGUGGGAGUUUCCGGCGAUAUGGAGCUCAACUCCAAGAAUUCCAUAUUGGUGUUGGAGCGAUUCUUGAACCGUGUGGUGAACGUCUUGUGCUCGUGAGACAAAUCUUGGGAUCAAAUUGGUCUGAUAUCUAUUACAAGAACUAUGAUCUCUCCGGUUAUAGACUUGUCUCUCCGGUUCUAGGUCUCUUAGUUUAUAAUGCAUUAAACGACAUUGUUUUGGGUAAUAAUUUCCGCAGCUCUUAUCAGAUAAGUCUUCUCCUAGACAAUGCUAAAGAUCCGUCCACCGUUGAUUUUGGAAACAUUUCUGGACCGUCGAUGGUAGUGGUAGAAAGAACAUUCUUGAAUAAGCCAAUGUGUGCAGCUUUCGGACUAGAUGGGAAAGUAACGUUUGCUGGAGAAGUGAAGCCGUAUGUCUGCGCCGUUAAAACUAACGGACAUUUUGGUUUAGUGGUGACAGAUGAUCAGGAUUCGUCCAAGUCGGCUGGUGGGGGAGAGAAGAAGAUGAAGAAGGAGAAGAUCGGACGGUGGAGAUCGGUUGUUGGAGGGCUUGUUGGAUCUGUGACGGUGGGAAUAGUGCUUUUAGGGCUUGUGAUGGCGGCAGCAGUUGUGACGGCAAAGAAGCGGGGGAGAAGGGCAAAAAGGGAAGAAAUGGAGAGAAAAGCUUGUGAAGAAGAAGCUCUGAGAGUAGUGACAAUGGUGGGGCAUUCUAGGGUUUUUGUUGCUUCUGCUACAAGGACUUUGCCUGGUUUCAUGGAACAUGAGUGUGUUCCAAAUUAAUUAAUUUACGUACGUUUGGUUUUUUUUUUUUUUUUUUCCUUUUCUUGUAAAAAAGUUUUCAUUAAAUAUAUAUUCUGUUGGGAGUAAACAUAUACGGUAUUUAGUUAGUCUUUUUUUAAUAUUCGGUAUUUAGUCAGUUAUUAUAUAUACUGUAACUCUAUAAAUCAUUCGAGAACUCAACUUCUUACGGUUUUCAAUCA